UAUAGCUACUAAAGUAAGAUGGCCGCCGUGUAGGGACGACGGUUACGCCCCCUUUGGUAUUUAUCUGACUUUUUGUCACUUAAAUUGUGUGAUUUGCGGAGUUUUUCUUUCAUUUCUCUACAUGUCCACUCUCACAGAACGAUUCGUGAUUAGCUUACUUUGUAUUCGUGAAGCUGAUUUAAUUGUUUUAUCUAAUAAUGCAGAAUUUUGAGGUCUCCCACACAGCAGAGGGGGCUGUAGAGAAGAGCCUCUUUAUGUAACCUCCCACCCGGAUGUUGAUCUCACCGCUAACACACAUGUCGAUCCGAACUUCGCCGUGCUGUGUCUGAAAAAUGGAAAUAAAUGUAAAGAAAACGAGUUCACAGGACCUGCUUUCAUGUGGCAACGGAGGAGGUUGGUAUUUUUCAUGACAUUUAAAAGAAAAGAAAGCGGAUUAUAAUUUUUUUUUUACCUCAUUAAAUGCAAAAACGAGCUUCACCUGGUUGUCCAUGCAGUUAUAGGGAAGACUGGGGUAAGUUGAGUUUCUUGGAAAUGGUCAAAGAAAUCGAUCAUGUGACUAAAUAUUUAGGAGAUGGGCAUCAAUUCGUGGAGUCUGUGAAGGUUAGAAGCACAUGAGUGAAGGGGUUAGACAUUUAUUUAAUAAAAACAUUUUUCACUCUGUAAAGUGAAUUUAGUCUGUCAUCAGUUUGAUUAGAAUUGUGUUCAGACCAAAAAAAGAUCAUUUAAAAUCUGUUUUAUACAUCAAUUGUGGUAUCUAUGAGGCGUAAAAGUCCACCAUUAUAGUUAAGAGGACUAAUAAAGUCAUCAUAGUAGUUCAGGGGUAACUGAGAAAGUAAAGGAGUCUGAUGAGAGGAUCAGAGUUUACCGUCAGAUUGUUGAAAUGUUUGACAGAUCUGUGGAUGUUCUCAAUCACUUAAAGUCAUUCUCAAAACAGCUUUUUAUCAGUUAUAUCUAAUCUUAAUGACUUUGAAACCAAACUCAAAACAUACCUUUAUAGUUUUGCUUUUAACUAAAUUUUAUCUCAUUAACUUUAGGUGUUUUAGCAUUUAUCUCUUUCUAGUUUUAAUGACAGGGACGUCUUUUAUUGAGCUUUGGUGCUCUUAUUUUAGUAUCUUUUACUGAUGUUUUAAUUUCUUUUCAUUUAUUAUUUCUUAAAUUUCAUUCUGUGUUUCUUUGUGUUUAGAUUUUUACCUAAACCUCCAGUGUUUCUUUAUCUUGAGUUUUAAAGUUUUAGCCCUUUUUAAGUUCAUGUGUUUUAAUUCUGUUUCUGUUACAUUUCGAUCGUGGAAAUGAGGGGUUGGACUGGGGUAGAUUUGGGUUUUCUUUGUUUCUUUAAUUCCUUUUUCUGUGUAAAACACUUUGUGCUACAUGGUCAUGUGUGAAAAGUGCGAUAUAAAGACUGACUGAUCGAUUGAUAUGCAAUAAUAAUCAAAAGAACUAUUGUACCAUUUGAAUAGUGUAUAAUAGAUAAAAAUACACAUGAAUGUGAAGAAGUGACUGUUUUUAACGCUUUGUGAAGCUUUCAUCAGGAAGUCAUGUACACAGAGAGAGAAAGUUUCUAACUGUAGGGGAGAGUGGGGUAAGAUGAUCCAUUUUUCAUAUUUCAGAUCACUACAUCAAGUUUUGUCUCUAACUCGUGUCUCUGCAGAUAUUUCAGGAUGUUGUUCAUCCCUGUAAACCAACAGAAUGAGUUUAAACAGAACUGUCAUCUUCAUAAUAUAGCAGGACAAAAAAAAGUGGUCUCCUAUGGUCAACUUACCCCCUGUAUGGGGUAAGUUGACCAUAGGAGUUGGUAAAUUGAGCCGUAUCCCUACUACUCCCCCACUCCCCCCCCCCAGCCCUCCCUCACCUUCUCUCUCCCUAAAUAACAAAGUUGGGCUGAUGAAGAGUACUGAUGAAGAGCUUGUUUUUGUUGCGUCUUUAGGUCUCAGUGAGAAGUUUCUCCUAAAGCCAAAGAGCAGCAGAUCUCUGCAGACAGAGAGAGUCCCGAGGAGCAGCGGUGAGACCUGACAACUUCUCUUCACGAUAUCCAGCUCAUUCUGUUUUCCUGCUUUGUUUUAUUUGAAGUAGUUAAAAUUGUGAAUAUAUAUAUUUACAUAUUACAAUGUUGUUGUGUUGUCAGUGUUGGAGCGUCUGCAGGGGUUCCUGCCUCAGAUGGCUGAAGCCAACGAGAAGCUGAAGCAGCAGAUGGAGGAGGCUCCUGCCGGAUGUUUUGAUAUCGAGAGUGUGGAGGAUGCAAAGCGGGUGAUAGAGAUGGUGAUUAUCAUUUUACCUUUGAAAAAAUCCUGUAAAAUGACGGGUGUGUGUCGCGGUUUAGAUGAGUCAUGUGUAGGGUUGCAAAUGGGCGGAAAAUUUCCAGAAACUUUCCAUGAGAAGUUAAACUGGGGGAUUUUGGAAAUAAUCCAAAUAGUCAACUUUUCAUAGGAAUUAUUGGGAAUACGAGAUAUUUUCACCAACUAUAUCUAAGUUCCCUGCUCAGGGCCAACCUUCAAUUUUGUACAUUUCAGAUUUAUUCCCGUUAAUUCCCACGAAAAGUUUCCAACUUUGAAAAUUCCCGGAGAUGUGCGACUGUAACCAUGUGUGAUUUCCUUCAGGAUGUAGCUCUGGUGGAGCUCAGCGGCUCAGACAGUGACUCUGAAGAAGAACAGGAGACUUCAGACUCGUCUGAUGAAGACUCGGACUCGUCUGAGGAGAGUGAGAUCUCAGAGGAGAACUUAAAAUUACCCCGAGACAAAAGCAGGAAGAAGAACGUGAACAUCCAGGUUGUCGCUCAGGAGGGAGAGUAGACGAGGCGUCUGCUCGGACUUUUGCUGCAGACGGAGUUUCUUCACUCUGAGAGGGGAUGUGAGUGAGACUGUCCAGAGGUGAUUUUCACCUUCACAGACACGUGAAUCUGCUGAGUGGAGCGACGGUGAACAUCAGCCUCUUCUGUAUCAGACGUGCCUUUGGAGCUGCAGGUGCUCCAGUGAUCAGCUGGAAUGAAAUCAGCCGACCCCGUCUCUCUUCUCUGUUAUACCACAUGUAUUGAUAACACUGAUUUUGGACUGUUUUCAUCAGUUUAGGUUAAAGCCGAGUCGAUUUUCUUUUAGUAGAAACAGACAGAGCUGAGUUAUGAGGCAGUCACAUCCUCAUCUCUGACCAGGCUGCUGAUAAAAACAGAAUCUGAUGGUUUAAAAAUCAUCGAAACUUUAUAUUUAAAAGAGCAAAAUAAUCAAAUACUGAAAAAUUCUGUUUAAUUAAAGACUUGAGUUAAAAAAAACAUUCAGAGUUCAGAUUUCCUGAGGCUUCUGGACAUUUAAAGAGCUGGAGUUGAAGUGUUCUGGUGCAGAGAUGAACGUAUGAUUGGACCACAUUUCUGUCCUUCACUGCAGAUAAGAGACUUUUGAAUCAUUCCCGUGUUUAAAAUGUGCAAUCACAUGUUUCAGAAACGCAUUAAAUGGUUUAGAAAUGAAGCUUCACAAUGAACAGCACCAACAAAUAAAAUUCAAAUCAAGAUUUAUUCACCGUUUUUUUUCUGACAUCAGUGGCUGAAAAACAAACCCCUCUUCGCCCCUGCUGCCUUCACUGAAUAGAAAACCGUCUUUACGGCUGUUUCACGUGAAAAACAUCUUACAGGCGUGAAGUUAGCCAAUAUCAUCAAACGUCAGAGUCUCCCUGUUGGACAAAAAUAGAUCAAAUUAUCGCUCUUUUGUCAAAAAUAUUUACUAAAAAGUCAAAUUUGACACGAGAAGAGUCAACUUUCUACACACGCAUGUGUUUGUGAGUCUUUUAUGAGAUUAACUUUCAGUUUUUAUCAACUUCCCCUGAAACUCGCCGGACAGCUGAUUCAUCGUCGUGAUUUCUGUGUCGUAUUUGACGAAGUUCGACUGUCAUCUUCUGAACAUUCGUGACUAAACUGAUCAGGACUUCUGCAUCUUAAAUAUAUAUGUGUAAAAAAAAAAAACGAUUGUAGUGAUCAUAAAAAUUAAAAGAGACUCAGAAGUCUGCAGGAUGCUUUUUCUGCUUCCUCGUAUUGGUUCCUUUCUCCUCUUUAAGACUUUAAUUAUCAAUAAAAAUAAAACUCUUCCAGUAAUCAAUCCCUCCUCUUCCUGUGAGUGUAAAGGUGAACUCCUGACCUCAGAGAUCUGAAGACAAAAACGACGACCGCUGUAAUCUCGUCGAUCGUCCGUGAAGCGUUCAUGUUCUUCCUCUUACAGGCUCCGAGUGUCUGAAAAAAAAUCCAGUUUUUCUGAAUUUAACGAGACGAUUAUCUCAGAAUAAUGAAGAAAAUAAAAAUCUAAUCUGCUACUGAUUCUAGCCCUGUGAGGAGUUAUGGCGCCCCCCUGUGGACAAAAUAAGACUGAGCCAGUAGGUGAAAAGAACAAGAACAUUUUAGUGGAUGUACUUUGAUGAAACCAGGAUUUUUUUCGCUGGUUUUACACCAAACAAUGAAAGAAAUCUCCUCCAAACUUCUGGUUUCUGUUUGACGCCGAAUCCUCCGAUAAAUAAAUUCGCGGCUCUUCGUUUUAAAAUCAUAAAUUUUCCCUUUAAACCACCGAAGAUUUUGACCUCAUGGCACAAUGUAGUUUACAGACAAACAGAACAGCGGCGACUCUGAUAAACGUCUUAAAAAUAGGUUUCAGGUUGACUACAGCGAGUGUGUUUUAACAUAAAACACACCUUUUAUUUGAAAAUACAGUCGGAUCACGCUCGGCUCCCAUCAGGCGUCCAGCUCGGGGUU